UGGCAAAAAAAAAAAAACAGUAAACACGGAAAAAGUAAAAGUUUAAAAUAAAAAAAAAAUUUUAAACCCGUAUUUCUAUUAAAAAAUUUUUUAAAAUCGUAAUUCCCGCCGUAUUACCGUACUUGUAAUACUUAAUUAUCAUUUGAUCAUACAGAAAAAAAAAACACAACAUGGCAAUUAAAAAUUUAAGGUCAUUGCACGUUUGCAUUGCAAUCGUAAUUUUAACCAAUGCUGUUUCUAGUUUAGAGAUCAUUACACGUAGCCAAUGGCAAGCAAAACCACCAAAAGGUCGUACUGUAAUACCACACCAAUUAACACAUGUAAUUAUACAUCAUACGUAUAUACCAGAGGCUUGUUUUACAACAAAUGAUUGCAUAAAAGCAAUGCAAUGGAUACAAGAUUUUCAUCAAAAUGAUCGUCAAUGGGAUGAUAUAGGAUAUAGUUUUGCAAUUGGUGGUGAUGGUAAAAUAUAUGAAGGUAGAGGUUUUAAUGUUGUUGGAGCUCAUGCACCUGGCUAUAAUGAUAAAAGUAUUGGAAUCGUUUUUAUUGGUGAUUACAGAACAAUAUUACCUUCACCAAAAAUGUUAGAAGCUGCACACAAAUUAAUUCAAUAUGGUAUUUUUAAAGGAAAUUUAAAAUGGGAUUAUAUUUUACAUGGUCAUCGACAAGUUAGGGAUACUGAAUGUCCCGGUGAUGCUUUAUAUAAUGAAAUUAAAACUUGGCCACAUUUUGUUGAAAUUCACAAAAGAUAAUGUAGACUAUUUAAUAUUUUACAUUCUUAACUUAAGGCAUUUUGUUUAAUAAAAAAGACUUUAAUGGCUGUACCUGUAUAGAUUAUUA